AUGAGAGACUGGUUUCGCCACGUGUGCAAUGUCUUGUGUAACUCUAGUCAUCCUGCACUACGAGGCGCAUACUGGUACAGCGAUCGUCAGAUAAGGUCAGCAUCCGACAUAUAUUCCGAGGGUGUUACAGGCUCCAUCAGACUGCAGCUCUUCUCUCCAGCCAUCAUGGGUGUGGUCAGGGUGGUGGUAGCUGUGCUUCUGCUGGGUGUCCUGCUACACUCCGUCAGUGCUCUCCGUGGGGAUUCAGCAAGGUGUUCAUCAGCCCUCCACAAUGCCAUUGCCUCGCUUCCGACUUCCGACCCUGACACCAACCUGACCUUACGUGUUGCCAACGCCGCGUACUACAACCAGUCCGAGAUCACGGUGUUACCUGGAUUCUCACAGAACAUCCAGAGGUUCUACGGGGGAGCACUUAAGCCUUUCGAACAGACAAACCCCGAGGCCGCCAUUAACUCUUGGGUGGAGGAAGUGACGGAUGGAAUGAUCCAGAACUUCCUGCCACCUGGUCACUUCACCAACUCCGAAACCGUCAUCAUGCUUCUCAAUGCUGUCUUUUUCGAGGGGUUCUGGGAAAACCAGUUCUCCGUGAGUCUCACAAGUGAAUCUAACUUUACCACGGCGACAGGAACUGUGGUGCGAGUUCCCAUGAUGUAUCGGUCGCACGCUUCUAUCAGUUUUAAAAACAUCGAGGCUUUGAACGCACAGGUGAUUGAGCUGCCUUACAAGGGAGACAGAUUCAGCCUCUUUGUGAUCAUGCCCAACACGUGGGAUGGUUUGAUAAACCUGGAGAGACGAUUGGAUGGUCAGAUGCUCAGCAGUAUCCUGAAUGACAUGCCCCCAGCAGUUAGUGCCAAUCUCUUUCUGCCAAAAUUUCGCCUGAGUACCGGCAAGGAGCUCAAUGACCAUCUGAAGACCAUGGGUCUGCGGACGGCGUUCUCGCGGAGAGCGGACUUCCGGCGAAUGUCGGAUACUCGCGUUCGCAUCGAAAAAGUUCUUCACAAAGCUAUCAUAGAGGUGACUGAGACUGGCAGCAGGGCGGCAGCUGUGACAUCAGUCGAACUCGUCCCCCUUUCACGUCCUCGGAACACUGUCCAGGUGAACAAGCCGUUCGUGUUCAUCCUGCGCGAUAAGACUUCAGGGCUCAACUUCUUCAUGGGCAGAGUUACCGACCCUUCACAGGAGUAACGUCCCUUAGACAUCAUCGUGAAUCCUCGGUUAUCUCGACCUUUCGUGAAAUAAUCUUCAAUAUUACCUUCUGUAGCUUUAUUGAUAUUAUAUAUAUAUAAUGUAACACUAUGUCGCAAUACUUUUAACAUAUCAUGUAUCAAUACAUCUUAUAUCAGUAAGUAAUCAAAACAAAAAUUUAAAUAACUAUUUUUCUAGAAAUAAUUUUGAUUAUGGCUGCUCACAACUAAAAAAUGAACAAAAAAGACCUACUUAUUAAGACACCGUCAAUGAAAACAUCCACUGACAAACACUCACAGAUGGGACACACACACAGUACAUGCGUGCACGCAGCAAGCUCACGGUCGGGACAAAGCAGCGCGAAGUUGUCUAUUUACAAAACAAUGGUUUCUAAGUUAGAAUUUAAUUGUGGUCAAAGAACAUGAGUGAUAAAUACUGACGGACACUUUUCUGAUUUAAUGAUUUGGCUUGAUAGUUUUAAUAUAUUCAGCACUUAACGCACUACCUUUCGCAAACUUGUACUUGAUGACCUUACACAGAGAAUAAAUUACUCUGUCUGAUCAA